ACCUGUGUGUGGCAGUCAAGCAGGACACAAGCUCAACAACUUGGAAGAUCAAAGAAAAGAAAAUACAACUGACGAGGUCAUGUCUGUCAGCUCAUCCUCCUCCCUCAAUACCACCCUUGACCCCGCUCCCGUCUCAUCCUCUAACUCCACUGACUAUUUAUUCUACUUAACAUGCCUGGACUCCUUUGCCAGCCAUGUCAUCUACACCACCUACACCUUCAUCAACUUCAUCUUCCUCUUCCCAUUCUACAUCCUCAUCCUCUACAUGGGUUUCCAACAGUGGAGGCAUCAGCACUCUGUACCAGCAAGGACAGCAACAAGCCACUCUGACAUCUUCACCUACCACAUGGUCCUUUUGGAGAUUUUUGGUGUUUUUGGAUCAGUCAGCUAUACUUUUGGCAACUACAUCAAUAGUGAGCAUUUGGUAAUACUGGGGGUGUAUGUAUUUAACAUUAUCUUCCCUGGACAGACUCUGUUUCAUUGCCUGACCUGUGCGGAGCGCUACCUGGCUGUCGUUCACCCCAUCAUCUACAUGCAUCUGCGAGAAACACGUGGGGUCCGGAUCAGAAACAUCAGCAUUGUGUGUGUUUGGCUGCUCUGCUUCGGAUGGGUGGGGUUGAAUGCGUUGUACCUGCCUAAUUCCCCCACAAUCAUAUUCCUCUCCCUCAUGGGUGUCUGCCUAAUUGUCAUAUUAUUCUGCUGCAUUUCUGUUCUCCAUGUUCUGACUCAUCCAGGGCCGGGGGAGGUGGGCAGGAACAAGGAGCUGGUUGCCCAAUCAAAGCAGAGGGCUUUCCACAUGAUCAGGGCCAUAGCAGUAGUGCUGCUGUUGAGGUUUGUCGGGGUUGGUGUUUGUUUCGGCUUGGAGAAAUUGGUGACCCUUGGUGAGGAGGAUUUGUGUUGGCUACUGGAUACUGGGAUCACACUGACUAUUCCCAGCAGUCUGGUUCUGCCUCUGCUGUUUCUCCACAGGAAAGGAAAACUAGCAUGUUGUAGGCGCAACACAGAGUCGGAAUAAAUAGCCAAGUGAGAUUAGCGUUGAUUACAGCAAAUGAAUAAAGAGGCACCUGCACAGACUUCAAAUAUACAUUAUUUUCUAUCCAAGAUCUUUGUCAGGUCAAAAUGUUUAAAAAUAGUUACCACACCCAUAUAUUGAUUGGUGAUAAUCAGAUCACAUGUUUGCCUCUGCUGCUAUUUGUGUCUUUUGUUUAAUGUCCAUCAUCAUUCAUUCACUAGCAUUUUGCUUUCAUCAAUACACUCAUCUUUGGGCAAUAUUUUGGGAUUUUUUGGAAUUUAUUGUUCAGUUUGUUUUGUUUUUGUUUUUUUUGGUGCAGAUUGAAUAUUUGAAAACAGGUGGAUGAGUUCUGAUUAGAUAAGAGUGCACCAGAUUAAACCAAAAAAGACAUUUUUCUGGAGAAAGGUUUGUAGGAUAAGCAAUGAGAUAAUUGCCAAUGUCUUGUUUGUAUGCUUUGAAAGUAGUUGUCAUUACAUCUUUAUGAAGACUAUUAGUACUAUCACUAAAGUUAUUAAAGG